GUUGACUCAUGUGGACCUUCGGUUGAUCGCGCGUCACGACACUUUCACUUCCGGCCACGAGGGCCCGAGCCAUAUCGCCUCUUUGAAAACAGCGCGAUGCAUGAUUGCAUUUGUGUUGCGCUUUAGCCCCUCACGGUCCCACUCCCUUUGCACGUGGUGCCGUUAGAGAUUACACAAGGAAAUGGUUAGCCCUGACAUUGGCCGGCAGCGGCUCGAGCCUUUGGUUCAUGCAAUGGGAGGCUUGCUUGGGCAGCCAUUGGAAGACGAUGCCGCCCUGUCCCCAGAGCAACGCAUUUCCAGUGGCGCAGAGAAAGCUGAAAGUGACGACCUUCUGGAAUUGACAGCUCGGUUUCUAUCAAGCCAGAGCGGGGGCCAAACUGAACACGACAUUCAGAGCUUCUUGUCAGCAAAUGGCCAUGAUCUCACAAUGCCCAUGACAAGAGCCGUGGUCCAGCGUGCUCAGCUAGAAAGGUGCUCGGCAAUACUGGGUGCCAAGCCUCUAGCUUAUCGCUCGCACUCUGAUGUUUCAGUGGUCCGCCACCUGUUAGCCAGCCAAGAGCAACCCAUUCUAGAUGUUGAGCAGUGGCAAGAACGCCGGAGGCACAUAAUUCACAACAUGCAAGUUGUCAUGGGCUGGUUUCCUUCGACCGGUGCGAAGGCGAGGGAAUUGCACGCCCCAGUGCCGUUUGACAUUCUUUCACAGAAUGUGCCCACCACACCUGAUUGUGUUUGCAAAGUGGUGAUGCAGAAAAUUCGUUUUUGUCCAGAGGAGCAAGAUCAGGUCGAGGGAUGGCUCUUGAUUCCACAAGUUUCAAGUCCUUGCCCCGCAGUCCUAUGCCCUCACCAGACCACAAUGAACCCACAAACUGGGAAGGAUGAGCCUGCUGGCCUAGGAGGCUCACGAGAGUUGUGCUACGCGUUGGAGCUGGCGCAGUUGGGUUAUGUGACGCUUACAAUCGACUAUCCCGGAUUUGGCGGCUACAGUUUUCCUGUUUAUCAGAGAGGUUAUGCAAGUGUGACUAUGAAAGGGAUUUGGAAUCAUUUGCGUGCUGUAGAUUUGCUUGUUGGCCUUCCGCAGGUUGACUCUGAAAGGAUCGGGGCCCUUGGGCAUUCGCUGGGUGGACACAACUCACUCUUUCUUGCAGUGUUUGAUCCCCGCAUCAAGGUGAUUGGCACAAGCUGUGGCUUCACUUCAUUUGCGAGGUAUGCAGAAACUGUGCCGCAAAAAGACCUUUCCGUGUGGGCAUGGCCGGAAAAGUACAUGCCACGCAUAUCCACACAUUUCCAUAAGGAUCCAGCUUGCAUGCCAUUUGAAUUUCACGAAGUCUUGGCUGCCUGUGCUCCCCGGCACAUUUUUUGCAAUGCUCCCCUUGGUGAUGAGAAUUUCGAUGUGCAGGGAGUGCGGGCGUGUGUUCAGGCUGCAGGGAGCAUUUACAAACUUCUGGGUUCACCUCCUGAUUCGAUCGAGCUUCACACCCCAAACGUGGGCCAUGACUUCCCCAAAGAGGUGCGGAGGCUAUGUUAUGCAUUCUUUGGCAAACAAUUGAAAAUUUGAGUGUCAGACAAAAAGCCCGCUACACAGUACACAUAAGCCUUAUUGAAUUGCUGACUUGACCUGUGCAUCCUUAGGCCGUGUACGCA